UUGUCAACAACAAAAUUUGUAUUGUUGAUGUUUUUGUGCAGCAGCUUGAAGUGACCUUUUUUUGUUAUUUUCAACGUAUUUUAGUGAUUUUCGCGUAUGAAAUUUCCGGGAAAACCUCUGUGUGUAUCCGAUAGGACAGACUUCCCUUAUAUCAGAUAGUACUAUAGUUAUCGGGAAUAGCGGAGUAACAUAAAAAACACAAAAUGUAAUGCAAAUCAAAUUCAUUCAUUCAAAUCGCUAGAUAGCUGCAUAUCUCGGAUAAGUUUAAUUAAUACGUAAACGCAGUGAUUUAGCCAUAUUAUUAUUAUUUGUGCAUAAAUGUGCAAUACGACAUGGAAUUUCUUAGCGGAGGAGGUCAGAAAAACACCGUAAGAGCUGCCUGUAAAAAGUGCGGGUACGCCGGCCAUUUAACGUAUCAGUGCCGUAAUUAUUUGAAGAUUGACGAAACCCACCAGAUUAUAGUCCCCGAGGAGAAACGUUCCAGCAGUGAAUCGCCAGAGCUGAACUACCUUACUCCCCUGCAAGAGCUUAGGCGCCAGGAAGAGUUGGAGGAGAGUGCUCGCGCAGAGAAACGUGCCGAGAAAGAGCGCAGGAAAGCCGCCAAGAAACUGAAAAAGAAAAUGAAACGCAAACAUUCGACAUCCACUUCAUCCAGCGAGGACUCGGAUACUAAUCGUCGUCGACAUAAGAAAUCAUCCAGAAAGCACACAAAAGAGAAGAAGAAAAAGACUAAGAGCAAGAAAAAGAAGUCUCGACGAAAAUAUUCCGAAAGUAGUAGUGAUUAAACACGAGCUAGAAUCUUCUAUGGAAGUCAGGUUCGCAACAUAAUUAUCAUGAACAUCAAUAGAACAAUAUAAAUUAUAAUAAAUGUUGUUUUCAAGCUAUUCUCUUUAA